AUGCGGAAAUUGUCAGACGAAGAAUUCUAUCUACCAAAUAUUCAAAAUUUGGCGGCAAAAGGCAUUACUUUUACAAAUUCUUUCGCGCAGCAGGCGCUAUGCGCACCAAGUAGAAAUUCUAUAUUAACUGGUCGUCGGCCGGACACGUUGCGGUUAUAUGAUUUCUAUAGCUACUGGCGCGAAGUAGUUGGAAAUUUUUCUACCUUUCCCCAAGUAUUUAAAGAAAAUGGAUAUGAAACGUAUUCUAUAGGUAAAAUAUUUCACCCGGGUAAAAGCUCAAACUAUACCGACGAUUGGCCAUACAGUUGGUCAGAAAUACCAUAUCAUCCACCCUCUGAGCGAUACAAAGAUGCUGCAGUUUGCAAAGAUCAUCGGACUAAAAAAAUGCAGAAAAAUUUAAUAUGUCCUGUCACCUUGAAAUCACAACCUAGUAACACAUUACCUGAUCUACAAUCCGUAGAUUUUGCUAUAGAUUUAUUGAUGAACAGGAAUAGAAGCAAACCAUUUUUAAUGGCUGUCGGAUUUCAUAAACCUCACAUACCAUUAAAAUAUCCUCACAAAUAUAUAAGACAAGUCCCUAUUAGCAAAGUGAACCCACCAUAUAUGCCACAUAUGCCAAAAAAUAUGCCACUAGUGGCUUGGCAUCCCUGGACAGAUGUACGUCAUAGAGAUGAUAUAAAAAACCUUAAUAUUUCUUAUCCAUAUGGAACGAUGCCCUCUAAAUGGACAUUGAAAAUACGGCAGAACUAUUAUGCAGCCUCCUUGUACAUAGAUACUUUAAUAGGAAAGCUAAUGAAACAUAUAGAUCAAAGAAAUACUAUAGUUGUUUUAACUAGUGAUCAUGGCUGGUCAUUAGGAGAAAAUGGUCUGUGGGCAAAGUACAGCAACUUUGAUGUUGCUUUAAAAGUGCCUUUAAAAGUGCCUUUAAUAUUUGAGCUACCAGGAGCAGUCCCAAAAUCCAUAUCAACGCCUGUUGAAUUAAUAGAUAUAUUUCCAACUGUACUGGAACUAGCAGAUUUAGAUGUAGUACCAAAGUGCAAAGCCAGUGACAAAUCAAUCCUUUGUUUCGAGGGAAAAAGUUUGGUACCUCUUAUGAAAUCUAAGGUUGAUUUUAAUAUGAAGCCAUUCGCUAUAUCUCAAUAUCCAAGACCCGGCGAAUAUCCUAAAAGAAAUUCUGAUAAACCGCUUUUGAAGGACAUAAAGGUCAUGGGUUAUAGCAUCCGGACUAAAAGAUAUAGAUACACUGAGUGGAUAUCUUUUAAUAGUACAUUAUUUUCUAGGAACUGGUCUACAAUUUAUGGCAUAGAAUUAUAUGAUCAUGUCAUAGAUGAAUAUGAAUCUUAUAAUUUACACUUAGAAACAAAAUAUAAACAUGUAGAAAGCACAUUAUCUUACUUAUUAAGAUCACAAAUUGAUCCAUACUAU